CCGGCUCUGCAGGUGCCGCCCGACCGGCACCGGCACCGCACGGCUCGGCCCGGAGCGGAACGGCCCGGCUCGGCUCGGCUCGGCGCGGAAGGGAGCGGCCGGAGCUGUGGCUGCCGCGGGACGGGCCGGAGCGGCCGCUCUAAGAUGUGCCAUGAGCCGCCCGGCCCCGGCGCCGAGCGGCCGCUCCGCCUGAGCCCCGGGCAGCAGCCGCCCGAGUCCCCGCUGCCCCUGGGGCCCUAGGGCCGCGCCGGCCCGCGCCCUCCCCAACGAUGCCCCAUCUCUGGCCGGCGCUCCGCCGCGUCCUCUGGGAAUACUGGGCAGCGCUCCUGGUCGGCGGCUUCUGGGGACAGAGCUCGCACGGGAUGCCGCAUGUCAUCCGGAUCGGGGGAAUCUUUGAGUACGCAGAUGGCCCAAACACGCAGGUGAUGAGUGCUGAGGAACAAGCCUUCCGCUUCUCUGCCAACAUCAUUAACAGGAACAGAACUUUGUUGCCCAACACAACCCUAACCUAUGACAUCCAGAGGAUACACUUCCACGACAGCUUUGAAGCAACUAAGAAAGCCUGUGACCAGCUCGCUCUGGGGGUUGUUGCAAUAUUUGGACCCUCCCAAGGCUCCUGCACCAACGCUGUCCAGUCUAUCUGCAAUGCCCUGGAAGUCCCCCACAUACAGCUCCGAUGGAAGCAUCACCCUUUGGAUAACAAGGACACUUUCUAUGUCAACCUGUAUCCUGACUAUGCUUCCCUGAGCCACGCCAUCCUGGACCUCGUGCAGUACCUGAAGUGGAGGUCAGCCACAGUGGUGUACGAUGACAGCACAGGCCUCAUACGGCUGCAGGAGCUCAUCAUGGCCCCAUCCCGCUACAACAUCCGCCUGAAGAUCCGCCAGCUCCCACUGGACACCGACGACGCCCGGCCGCUGCUCAAGGAGAUGAAGCGGGGCAGGGAAUUUCGCAUCAUCUUUGACUGCAGCCACCUGAUGGCAGCUCAGAUCCUCAAGCAGGCUAUGGCAAUGGGGAUGAUGACAGAAUAUUACCACUUCAUCUUCACCACUCUGGAUCUUUAUGCAUUAGACCUAGAACCAUAUCGCUACUCUGGGGUGAACCUGACCGGCUUCCGGAUCCUCAACGUGGAGAACCCACACGUGUCCUCCAUCAUUGAGAAGUGGUCCAUGGAGCGGCUGCAGUCGGCACCCAAGGCAGAGCUGGGGCUCCUUGAUGGUGUGAUGAUGACAGACGCUGCCCUGUUGUACGACGCGGUGCACGUGGUGUCCGUGUGCUACCAGCGCGCGCCGCAGAUGACCGUGAACUCCCUGCAGUGCCACCGCCACAAGGCCUGGAGGUUCGGCGGCCGCUUCAUGAACUUCAUUAAAGAGGCCCAGUGGGAAGGAUUAACAGGACGCAUUGUCUUUAAUAAAACCAGUGGUUUACGGACGGAUUUUGAUUUGGAUAUCAUCAGUCUCAAAGAAGAUGGCCUUGAAAAGGUUGGAGCAUGGAGCCCCUCUGAUGGUUUGAACAUCACAGAAAUCUCCAAAGGACGAGGGCCCAACGUCACGGACUCGCUGAGCAACAGAUCUCUGAUUGUCACCACUGUGCUGGAGGAGCCCUUUGUCAUGUUCCGUAAGUCCGACACUGCCCUGUUUGGGAAUGACCGCUUUGAGGGCUACUGCAUCGACCUCCUGAAGGAGCUGGCCAUAAUCCUGGGCUUCUCCUACGAGAUCCGUCUGGUGGAGGACGGCAAAUACGGGGCACAGGACGAGAAGGGGCAGUGGAAUGGCAUGAUCAAGGAACUCAUCGACCACAAAGCUGACCUGGCCGUGGCUCCUCUGACCAUCACUCAUGUCCGGGAGAAAGCCAUUGACUUCUCCAAGCCCUUCAUGACCCUGGGGGUCAGCAUCCUGUACAGGAAGCCCAACGGGACCAACCCCAGCGUGUUCUCCUUCCUCAACCCUCUCUCUCCCGACAUCUGGAUGUACAUUCUCCUCGCCUACCUGGGGGUCAGCUGUGUGCUCUUUGUCAUAGCCAGGUUCAGCCCCUAUGAGUGGUACGACGCCCACCCCUGCAACCCGGGCUCGGACAUUGUGGAGAACAACUUCACUCUCUUGAACAGCUUCUGGUUUGGGAUGGGAGCGCUGAUGCAGCAAGGCUCAGAGCUGAUGCCCAAAGCCCUGUCUACACGGAUCAUUGGUGGCAUAUGGUGGUUCUUCACCCUAAUUAUCAUCUCGUCCUACACGGCCAACCUUGCGGCCUUCCUGACAGUGGAGAGGAUGGAAUCCCCCAUCGACUCGGCAGAUGACUUGGCAAAGCAGACAAAAAUAGAGUAUGGAGCAGUGAAGGAUGGAGCUACCAUGACCUUCUUCAAGAAAUCAAAAAUUUCCACAUUUGAAAAAAUGUGGGCUUUCAUGAGCAGCAAACCCACGGCACUGGUUAAAAACAACGAGGAGGGGAUCCAGAGAACCUUGACGGCUGAUUACGCACUGCUGAUGGAGUCCACCACCAUCGAGUACAUCACCCAGAGGAACUGCAACCUCACCCAGAUCGGGGGGCUCAUUGACACCAAAGGCUACGGGAUUGGGACGCCCAUGGGGUCACCGUACAGGGACAAGAUCACCAUCGCUAUCCUGCAGCUCCAGGAGGAGGACAAGCUCCACGUCAUGAAGGAGAAGUGGUGGCGGGGGAAUGGCUGCCCUGAGGAUGAGAACAAGGAAGCCAGUGCCCUGGGCAUCCAGAACAUUGGAGGGAUCUUCAUCGUCCUGGCAGCAGGCCUGGUGCUGUCCGUCUUCGUGGCCAUGGUGGAGUUCAUCUACAAGCUGCGCAAAACGGCGGAGCGCGAGCAGCGCUCCUUCUGCAGCGCCAUGGCCGACGAGAUCCGGCUGUCGCUCACCUGCCAGCGCCGGGUCAAGCACAAGCCCCAGCCCCCCGUGAUGGUGAAGACGGAUGCGGUGAUCAACAUGCACACCUUCAACGACCGACGGCUGCCCGGCAAGGACAACAUGACCUGCAACACCGGAUUGGCACCUGUGUUUCCCUAGGGAAUGGCAGUGGGGGGGUGGGAGGGAAGGAAUUGCGGCAGACAAGGCUGGAUACACCCUUAACUAGGGAAGGAUGGAUUAAAAAAAUGAGAAAAAAAAAGAAAAAAAAAAAAAAAGCCUGGUUUGUUCAUUUCAAGAACAAGGCCUUUGCAACUCAGCUGAAUCCAUCACCACAGUGGAGCCGGAACUUCCAACCACAGACAGUAAUGUGGGUCUUGGGGCUUUCUGCGUUUGUUUUGUUACUUUUCAUUCCUUUUCUUUUCAAUGCUUCGAUCCUCCAGGCCUCAUGGAGUCCAACCACCACCCAGGAGUCUGAUGUUUACACACCGAAAACACGCGGAGGUGAAGCAGAAUUGAGCCAACCCCAAGCGGGUGAGGAGGAGUCCCGAGUGUGGCUCCAUCAGCAAGGCAAUAAACAGGAACACUGGGUCAGGUGUGAGCACCUGAUCCACACCGACACACAGAGCACAUUUUGGAUACACUGCCCGGAAAAGGGAGAGGUACCUG